CUUUUUCUUAUCCCUUAGCACUUUUCACCAAAUGUAAUAUAAUGAGACAGCGAAUCGUUUUCGCGCGCUCUUCAUGUAAUUGCGGGUAAUAAUCAUUGUGCAAUUCAGCCCGCAAUACCAUUGAUGUAAAGAUCUAUGUGUUGUUGCUUGAAUGUUUUUUUUUCUGUGAAAUUGCUGAAAAAUCAUGCAGUUCAAUCCGAGGAGACACCUUCUAACUGCAAAAAAAGACAAUUUGUCGUACCCUCAUUCCCUUCAGUUUUACAAGUGUCCUCCAGUAGAUAAUAUUACUCUUGAAGAAUUUGAAGAAUUGGCCUUAGAAAGAUUAAAAGUUUUGCGCAUCAUUGAACGAGCUGGUGCAAAAUUCAAUAAGAAUUCAAAUGACUACAAAGAAAUGAUUCUUAACGAGCUGAAGAAGCUGAAUCUCUUAUUUUAUUUUAGGAUAAAUCCAAGCCAAAAUAAUGAUGAAAAGAUCUACAAUGAAAGAAAAAAAGAUAAUAUUUCUCACUUCAUUCUGCGUCUUGCAUACUGUCGCAGGGAAGAUUUACGCAGAUGGUUUAUCACUCAAGAAGUUGAUUUGUUUCGUUUGAGAUUUAUUUCUGAGAAAACAGCAAGCAGGAAGUUAUUCAUGGACCAGAAUAAUUUAAAUUAUAAACCAAUUGACGAUUCUGAAAAGAAUAGCAUUUUGGAAAACCUAUGUGUUGGAUACUGCAAUUCUAUAGCUAAAGUGAGAAGUACUAAUUUUUAUAAGGUACCAUUUGUUGAAGUGUUGGAUUUAGUUAAAAAUCGUAAAGUGUACUUAAAGAAAGGCUAUGCCUACAUAACUGAAGAUGAUUUGGUAGUGACUGUUGUCUCUGCUUAUAGAGCACAUCUCUCUCAUGCACUUGCAGUUACAUGUCGAGCAUUGCCCCAACUUGAUGAAGAUACAAGGUUAAUUAAUAUGCUGCAAACGCUGCACCAACGUUAUAUUGGUACUGACUAUAGUAAUAGAAAAACAGAAUUUGUUGGAGACGUAUCUUUAGAAGCUAUUGAUUCAUUGUCAAAAACUUCUUUCCCAUUGUGUAUGAGAAAUCUUCAUGACGCAUUACGUAAAACUCACCAUUUGAAAUACAAUGGUAGAUUGCAGUAUGGGUUAUUCUUGAAAGGCAUUGGACUUUCUCUUGAAGAUGCUCUGAGAUUUUGGAGAGAAGAAUUUACUAAAGUUAUGGACAUGGAUAAGUUUGAUAAGCAAUAUAUGUAUAACAUCCGGUACAAUUAUGGAAAAGAAGGAAAAAGAGCAAACUUUUCUCCAUACAGUUGCAUCAAAAUUAUAACAUCUAAUUCACCUGGAGCUGGAGAAUUUCAUGGUUGUCCUUAUAAGCAUUUUGAUGAAAAUAAUCUUAGACAGAAGCUGCACAGUACACACUUAAAUUCUUCAGGCAUAAAUGAGGUAAUGGAUUUAGCAGCAAAAGGACAUUAUCAGAUUGCAUGUACUCGUUACUUUGAACUUACCCAUCAAGAUAUGUCUGUUGAUCAGGGUAUUAAUCAUCCUAACCAGUACUUUGAAGAAAGUCAAAAAAUAGCAAAAGGAAUCAAGAAAAACGACAAAACUUAUAUUCAGAAUACAGUUCCAAGGACAUCAGCUUCAAUUAAACAUGUAAAAGAAUCAUCAGAAACCAACAAACCAGCAAAUGAUGAUAUGGAAAUGGAUACUGAAUCAAUUGAAGACAUUGAAGGACUUUUAGCUGGAUUGCAAGGUGUAUAAGUUACAUCUAAGAAGUUUUUCAUACUUAUGUGUUUCUUAUAAGUAAAAAUUGAUGUACACUGA